AAAAGCCAAUUUGUCACUGUUAGCAAUGUUGCCAGGUAAAACUUCAUCUUAGUGCAAAGCUGUCUGAAGUUAGGGUUAACCUUAAUCCAAAGCUAACCCUAGCUCAGAAUAAGUUUUAAGGAAGACUGGUGCAACAUAUUAUGACACUAUUGACAGACCUAACCUCAAUUCAGUGGCGAUGGUUUGGGGGCUUUGGCGAGGCCUGAUGAGGCGCGUGGGGCUAGCAGGGGGUCGGAACGCGUCCAGCAAGCCGCCGCAGGUGAUGGCGGAGCCCCACCGCACGCCGUUCGGGCUGCUCAAGGUGGUGUUCACCGUGGUGCCGGGGCUGCUGAUUGGGGCCGGGAUCAGCAAGAACAUCGCCAACUUCCUCGAGGAGAACGAGCUGUUCGUGCCUGAUGAUGAUGACGACGAUGACGACUGAACCGGCCCAACCCGCACAACAACCCCCCUACUAGCUGAAUAGUUUAUUUAUUGUGUUUAUUCUUGUCGCAGUUAGUGCAUAGACAUAAAUAUAUAUAUAAAAAGAG